CUGAACGGAGAAUUGUGAAACGCAUGGCUAUACGUUCCAUAUAUCACGAUAUUCUCUGUGAGGUCUGACAGUAGUUGAUGAGUCGGCGCUAGAUCGGCUACGCACUGUGGACGUGAUAAUGCCAUUCGGUUAACUACUUCCGUCACCAAUCUCCCGGGACCUCUUGUCGAAAUACUAUAUGUAGAUAGGAUGGUAUCUUAAGCCUUUUGACUUUCUGUUCCGCACCAUUUUCUUGCCAACUACAUACCGUUGAGUCGAGUCAUAAACAAACAUGGUAAAUAAGAGCGAUUCGGUCCUGAUCGUGGGGGGCGGCACUUGGGGAUGUAGCAUCGCGCUAGAACUGGCGAGGAAUGGCUAUAGCGACGUGACGGUCCUCGAUGGAGAGGAGGCGCCUAGUAGUAUAGCAGCUGGGAAUGACCUCAACAAGAUUAUGGAAGAAGGCUCCCAAUCUGAAGAUGAUACCGACGCUGCAUAUGCGUGGAAUCGUCUCCACAAUCUAUGUACCACGGCAUGGCUCAACGAUCCCAUAUACAAGCCUCAUUAUCAUCGCACGGGCUAUGUCAUGGCUGCCUCUUCAGAUGCUGCGUAUGAGGCUUUGCUGAAAGAUAUCCGCGGCCAUGAAGAUGAGUAUCACGAGGUCGCUUCUGCCGAGCAAUUCCAAAAAACCAUGCCCGAGGGCGUCCUCACAGGCGACUUCGCGGGCUGGAGAGGCUUUGCCAAAUCAAGCGGUGCAGGAUGGGUAUUUGCUCGUGGUGCUAUCGUCUCAGCCAAACAGGAGGCAGAGAGACUAGGCGCUCGUUUUAUCAGCGGUCAAAAAGGUCUAGUCACUAAAUUCCUAUUCUCUAGCGAGACUGAGCAUGAUCGGAAUGCCUUGCAAGGUGUUCAAAGCGCUGAUGGAACGAUCUACCAUGCCCACACGACGAUUCUGGCCAAUGGAGCGAACGCGGAUACCCUAAUGGAUUUGAAAUACCAACUCCGGCCGACGGCUUGGACGUUGGCCCAUAUCAAAAUGACGCCGACUGAAGCAGAGCUAUACAAGAAUCUUCCGGUUUUGUUCAACAUCGAGAAGGGGUUCUUCAUGGAACCGUCGGCUGAGACGCAUGAGCUUAAGAUUUGCGAUGAACAUCCGGGCUACAUCAAUCCCGUUUACGGCGGAACGUCAUCUGAUGGCGAAAAGGUUAUCGUAGGGUCUAAACCAUUUGCGCGACACCAAAUCCCCCUUGAAUCCGAGGACCGCAUGCGAGCAUUUCUGAAGGAAACAAUGCCGCAUCUCGCUGCGCGACCCUUUAGCUUCGCGCGCAUAUGCUGGGAUGCCGAUACUGUUGACCGUAUGCCGCUACUCGAUUGGCAUGGUUCUCAUACUACCGAGAGCGGACGCCUGCUAUUGGCGAUUGGCGGCAGUGGGCACUGCUUCAAGACGAUGCCAGCCAUGGGUCAAGUGAUGCUUGAGUAUCUCGAGGGCAAAGUAGAUGACCGGACACGACGAGCCUUCCGAUGGCGGCCCGAGACGGCCAAGGAUAGGAACUGGUGGGAUGUUCAGAACAGAUGGGGUGCGCAAGGUGAAGUCAUGGACAUCACCAAGGUCAAAGGCUGGACAGAGAUGGCCACGGGUUGAUGUCUUUCGUGCCGAAGCUUAUAGCAGAGGUCAUAGAGAGUCAUAGAAGAGGAUGUUUGUUGUCUGUAGCUGGCGGCCACUUCGGAAAGAACACCCAAUCACUCGCCCAAUCACUGUCGCUGUCGGCCUAUCUACGCCCUCAACUACAUAUACUUUACCUACCCUACAUUAGGUAUGUAAAUGGGAUGUAAUAAACUUGAAUCCCUCCAUUAGCUGCCUAUGUAGGUAGGUAUGUACAUAGUGGCACCUCUCCAUGCUAGGCAGAUUGGUGCCUAAGUCGCCACAGAUCGAGAGAAGGUGGCUUGCCAACAGUACCUAAAAGGGCAUACCUUAGGCAGGUACCUA